CUUAGUACGACUGGAGAACUGGAACGAUACGGAAUUCGGACCGGACCGGGCCGUGGGACAGUAGACAAGGAGGAGAGUCCCAAGAUGGCGAAGCUGGGAUGAAACGGUGUCGCAUCGUGGGGGCGGUUAGUCGUCGAUUUCUCACGGUAGACUGUGCAUCCGUUAUGCGCGUUAUCACCGGCAACUUGCCUUGACUUUCUACGGUCGAUCGAGGUUUAGCGAUCGAGAUUUUCGAUGCUGUACAAGUCGUAUUAUUCGAUCGCGAUAAAAGGCGCGAGGAAAGAAGAAGUGUCGUAUUCAUCUUUCUCGUCUUUCGUUCUCUUCUUAUUCUUAUUCUUAUUCCAUUUACUUCUUUCAUUACAUUUUCUCGGUGUUAUCGGAAAGAAGAAGAAGAAAGGGAAAUCGUGCGCGGGAAGAUUGACGCUAAAGUGAUUCAAUGAAAUAAUAUAAAAUUAAAUAAAGUAAAGUAAAAUAAGAUAAAACGAAGUAAAGCAAAAACAGAAAAAAAAAGAAAGAAAGAAACAAACAAACAAACAAACAAGGGAAAGAAAAAGGAAAAGAAAUCGGUGAGAAAAAGAUAUAGAAAACGUUUGAAAGGGGGAAUCGCGUGUGUGCCAUCAUUAUCCGUAUAAGAGAGAAGGUAAACAAAACGGUAUGAGCGCGGUACUGAACAGUGUUGUUGGAGGUGCUGGUGGAGGUGGAGGUGGUGGAGGCACCACCACCGCCGAAUCGGCAACCGGUCUACUCGAUCCCGACGUUGAGACCAUUAUCGAAGAAAAGAAUCAAUUGAUCAGCCGGCAAUAUGCAGAGAUCGAAAGACUUCAAAGAGAACUCAGAGAAGUCAUCGGCGAACGCGAUGCUCUAAUCUGCGAGGUAUCGAAAUUCAAGUUCGAGCGCGAGAUGACCGACCUCAAACGUCUUCACGAUGAUAGUUUUCCGCAAAAGAUGGAAAGGCCGUCGCACAGUUCGAACGUUAAUCAAAUGCAUGGAGGUGGCAACGUACACGGCGUUUAUUCAUCUGGAAGCCAGACCAGUCUCUCAACUUCCUACGUUACUGGGCAAUCUUAUAUGCAGGGACAAAAUUACGUACACGGUGCAUACUCAUCACCCAAUGUACAUACAGGCUAUCCUCAUACGAGUUAUUCUCAACCACAAAGUUAUGGUACCAUGGUACAAGGAUAUGGUGGACAACCCCAAAUGGGUUAUCAACAAAAUCAUCUUAAAAAGGGAACCGUACGAAACGGUGACGUCUUGAAGAGAUGCAGACUUCAAACUGCGUACGAACUAUCUCAGGAUCUUCUUGACAAGCAAAUCGAGAUGCUAGAACGAAAAUAUGGCGGCGUUAAGGCAAGGAAUGCGGCAUUGACGAUACAACGUGCGUUUAGGAGGUACACAUUGUUGAAAAAAUUCGCUGCCAUAACGGCAAUGGCAAAGGCGGAGAAAAGAUUGAGCAGGAAACUACAGGACCCUGUAGAUCGUCCAGUUAACGCAACUGAUCACGAAAGGAUGGCCUAUCACAGUCAGAUAUAUAUACAACAGAAUCAAACGACGAACAGGCCGAUGCCUAUAAGGAGUAUGUCGCUUAGGGAGAGGAGACACGUCGAUAAUUCGCAAUCGCCAAUACCAAGAAGUCAAAGUGGCAGGUGUGAGAUUCAAAUAGGUGGUGGUGGUGGUGGACAUCAACACGUUAAUCAUAGCUUGCAUCAAAGUGGUAGGCAUACACCGUCUUUGGCACCUAGCCCGUGCAACAGACAUCAGCCUUUACCUCCUAGCCCUUGCUGGGAAUCGAGUUCUCAGGAGAGUGGUUCCAGCAUCCAUUACUACAAUCCACAGGACACCUUGUGUGGUCUUAGACAAGAUACACCCCCUAGAGAUUUACUUCGAACGCCAUGCACUUCUCCGUCUGGGCCACACAAUCUUCAGACCCCGAUAUCGCAGAACUGGAACAACACGAGCCAACUUAGCUCUGCCGGUAGAUCCAGGGGUGGUUCCGGUAAGAAAGUACCACCGGAAGUUCCAAAAAGAACGUCUUCCAUCACGUCGAGAUCAAUGGAACCGCGUCACAAUGGUCUGAGCAAAAGCGUAGAAAACGGUAGCCUGAGCUCCGUCCAAAGUUCCGGUAGCGACUCCACCAACUGUGAGAGUUCCGAGGGUGACGCUCAGAGAGGGUCACCGGUAUGGAAACACAAAGGAAUCUCGAGUUCACCCGAACAUCAAGAUUGUGCAAGUCAUACUACCGACACUGGAACGAUAAUAAAUAGCGUGAAGGAUCUCGGCCAUUCCCAUGCUAGUUCCAGUUAUCAAUUACCAUUAAUGGAUCAUGCCGAUUCAAUGCCACAAACGAGUUAUAAAGUAUCAGAGACCGUAAGAAAACGCCAAUAUAGGGUUGGAUUAAAUCUUUUCAAUAAAAAGCCAGAAAGAGGAAUAAGUUAUUUAAUAAGACGUGGAUUCCUUGAGAACAGUCCGCAAGGAGUUGCGAGGUUUUUAAUUAGUAGAAAGGGAUUAUCGAAACAAAUGAUCGGAGAAUAUCUUGGAAAUUUACAAAAUACUUUUAACAUGGCUGUACUCGAAUGCUUCUCGCAUGAACUAGAUUUAUCGGGGAUGCAGGUCGACGUUGCACUGCGAAAAUUCCAAGCGUAUUUCAGAAUGCCCGGGGAGGCACAAAAGAUCGAACGUUUGAUGGAAGUAUUCAGUCAACGUUACUGCCAAUGUAAUCCUGACGUUGUCUCGAGAUUACGUUCGGCCGAUACAGUAUUUGUUUUAGCAUUUGCAAUAAUCAUGCUAAAUACAGAUUUACAUACGCCGAAUCUAAAACCAGAACGUAGAAUGAGACUCGAUGACUUCGUUAAAAAUCUCAGGGGUAUCGACGAUUGCGGUGACAUAGAUAAGGACAUACUCGUUGGCAUUUACGAGAGAGUUAAGGACAACGAAUUUAAACCGGGCUCCGAUCACGUAUCUCAAGUUAUGAAGGUCCAAGCUACGAUAGUUGGGAAAAAACCAAAUAUGGCUUUGCCGCAUAGAAGAUUGGUCUGUUAUUGUAGAUUAUACGAGAUACCGGAUAUUCAUAAGAAGGAAAGACCUGGGGUACAUCAAAGGGAGGUCUUCCUUUUUAACGACUUACUCGUUGUUACCAAAAUUUUGAGUAAGAAAAAGAACAGCGUUACGUACACGUUCAGACAAAGUUUUCCACUUUGCGGAAUGGUCGUGACAUUAUUCGAGGUUCCUCAUUAUCCGUAUGGAAUAAGAUUGUCUCAACGGGUCGAUGGCAAAGUCCUAGUCACAUUCAACGCCAGGAACGAACACGAUAGAUGUAAAUUUGUUGAAGAUCUUCGCGAGUCGAUCAGCGAAAUGGACGAAAUGGAAACAUUGAGGAUCGAAACCGAAUUGGAACGGCAAAAAAGUAGCAGAGGUGCGAGAGGGGGUGCCGAAAAUAGAGAUUCUGGUGUAGCCGACGUAGAAGUUUGUCCUUGUCCAGGACCAUGUUCCGAAAGAUCAGAAACAGUCGACAUGGAUACACAAUUGAAACGUUCCGCUCUGAGUAACUCGUUACUAGAUAUACACGAACAAUUCGCCGGUGAGAAACCGCAACGUCGUGGGAGCGUAGGCUCGUUAGAUAGCGGUAUGUCAAUUUCAUUUCAAUCUACUUCUGCGAGUUCUAUGAGCCAGGGUAUUAAACAUCCUGGACAACAAGUGCAUCCUGUUCACCCAGGUGCUACGAUUCCUGGUGGUAGCAAAGGUCUCACUCAACAGCCAUCUUUUUUAGGCGGCCUCUUUGCUAAACGCGAACGAAAGCUAUCGCAGUCGGAUGACUCAACACCUUAUAGCCGUACUACGGAAGUAUAAUGUAUCCUUCCAAUAGUAUAUAUGUAAGAUUAAAAAGUGAAAACAAACUAUGCUCGGUUUUAUUUUAGUACGCUUUGUGAAAAUACUUGAUUGUCGAUGUGGGAUAGAUUACGAUUAUUAAAUAUUUAUGAUCAAACAAGAUGUGAGAAAAAAAAAAGAAAAAAGAAAAAAAAGAAAGAAAAAAAAAAUAACAAAAAAUCGGCGUCAAUAUACUGUUUUAAAUUGAAGAUACCAAAGCAUUUUAUCUUUAUAUCACACCUAUACACCAUUGUCUCUCAUCGUCAUAUUGUAUUUAUACGAAUUUAUGUUAAUCGUAAAUCGGUUUUUAAAAUCAUUAUAUUGUCUAUGUAAUAUAAUGUUAUAAUCGGAAGACAUUGCACUUUACAAUUGUAUAAUCAUGCGUGCACAUUUUAUAUUAUUGUAUCGUUAUAUUCAAAUACGUAUUAUAUUACUUGGAAUUUUUCUAGGUCCGAAAUACAAUAUUAAAAAGUUAAAGCCGAUGGGAGGGGAAAGGGAUGGGUAGGUCAGAAAGUUCCUACAUGGGCCAAAAGUUUCUUGAUGAUUUUGGAGAUCAAUUACUCUUUCUACGAGAUCUUACGGAUUAAUUUCUUUUCUUUUCUCCUUUUACUUUAUUCUUUCCUCUGAGAUGGCAAAACUAUGAGCCUAUGAUACGAGUACUGAUAUAUAUAAAUAUAUAUAAAACCAUCUCGGAAAAGAGUAACUGAGAUAUUUAAAAAUCACUUUAAGAACUUUUUCUGGGAAUCCGCCCGUGAACUUUCGUGUAUGAAACCCUGUAUUUGAAAAAUUUUUUCAUUAACGAAGGUAGAAAAAAAGAACAAAGAAAAAAAUAAAAAAAAAAAAGAAAGGAUCGUAAUGAAAAAGGAAAUUUUAUUUAACGACGACGGUGUAUGUCGCGAAGCGCACUAAAAAAAAAUUGACAGACAGAAGGAAUACCCUAAUACUUAAGAGAAAACACGUCGGUAUAUAAAUUUAUUGGAUUGGGCAGGAUCCAAUCGUCGUGAUCGCUUGGACGUUCUCUGACAAAUUUUAAAAACAGAUUUUCCUCUAUCGAAAAUGUGUAUAGUAUUUAUUUGCCCUAAUGUCUAACGCGCAGAAGGGUUUUCCCUUUUCAUAUAUUAUAUUUAUAACAUAUGGAAAGGAUGUUGUGUGAGUAUGUAUGCGUGUGCGUGUGCGUGUUUAUGAACGGUCCAUUUGUAUUUGUAUUAUAAAUAAUUAAUACAUUAUUGUGACACGUGUAUAUCAUCAUGAUUAAUUUGAGAAAGGAUUAAGGAAUUUAUUUGAUAAAAAAGUGAAAUAAACAAAUUCGAUUUGUAAAAGGAAUCUAUUGAUAACGAUAACGCAAGUAUUAUUGCUAUUAUUACUCAUGCAAUUGUAAAUAAUAAUAAUAAUUAUUAUUAUUAUUAUAAUAUUAUAAUAAUAAUAAAUAAAUAAAAUAAAUAAUAUUAAUUAGAUUAACAAUAUAUUCAUUAAUUGUUGUUAUUAUUAUUAUUAUUAUAACAACAAUUAAUUAAUAAUAAUAUAAUAACAAUAAAAACAACAAUAAUAAUAAUAGUAAUAAUAAUAGUAAUAGUAAUAAUAAUAAUAAUAAUAAGAAUAAUAAUAAGAAUAAGAAUAAUAAGAAUAAAAAUAAGAAUAAGAAUAAUAACGUAAAAUAGUUACACGUGUAAUAAUUCAUCUAUGUAACAGAAGCUUAAAGCGAUGAAUUGAUAAGUAAUCCCUGUCAGUGUUUUAGGUGCAUGUUGAUGUUUUAACGAUUUUCUAACGAUAAUGCAUUUUUUGGUGUGACACACUCAUUGAUAAAGAAUACGAAAGUAUAAUAUAUAUACAUAUAUAUGAUUUUCAUUAUCGUAUGAUAAUACAUUACUAAUUCAUUUGAAAAUCAGGGUCGAAGAGAUAGAUAUUAUUAUGUCUGAAAUGUGAAACACAUUUCUGCAUACUUGCGUACCCCUGUCUGGUAAUGAUUAUAUUACUUGUAGACAAAUUUAUAAUAAUCAACUCUAUUUAUUGAAUGUUAGAGAGAAGAGAAAAAAAGAUAAACUUGUAGUAAACGUUUAAGAUAAAAAAAAAGAGAGAGAGAGAGAGAGAGAGAGAGAGAGAGAGAGAGAGAGAGAGAGAGAGAGAGAGAGAGAGAGAGAGAGAGAGAGAGAGAAAGAAAUAUUUCUAAAUGCGACACGUUACUGUCAACACACAACAAAGCAAUAUCUUUUUAACUACUGCAUUUUACACAAAUAUUUUAAACGUAUUUCCCUAUGAGAAUGUACGAAAAGUUUUUACACACACACACACACACACACACACACACGUAAGGAGACUAGCUAAUUGAGUGCCUUUCAUCAAUUUUUAUUUCAAUAUUCAAAUAUAUAUUGUAAUAUCAAUCGUGUAUAUUCAUUCUGACGAUAAAUUAAUUUUCAUCGGUCUAACAAUGAAUUUAAUUUUUCUUUUUUUCUUUUGUCGUCGUUCCUUUUUUCUUUCUUUCUUUCUUUCUUUCUUUCAUUUUUUGCGAAAAUAAACAUAUUCACAUUCUUUCAAAUAAUAUCAUUGUAUAUUUAAUUUGUUUAAUCAUUUCGAGCCUAUGUUGUGUCGUCAAAUCCCCUUAAUUAUUUUUCUAUCAAUUCAAAUUCAAUAAACAUCAAGAAUUUCAAGCUAGUCCGUUUCUCGUCUCAAAAUAUAUAUAUAUAUAUAUAUAUAUAUAUAUAUAUAUAUAUAUAUAUAUAUAUAUAUAUAUAUAUAUAUCAAAAUAAUUCAUUAAUUAAGCAUAAAUAGUAUUCAAUUAAAUGGUUCCAUAGAAUGUAGUCGAGUACUAAUAUAUAAAUCCAGUAAUAAUAGUAAUAAUAAUAAUAAUAAUAAUAAUAAUAAUAAUAAUAAAAUAAUAAUAAUAUUAAUAAUAUUAAUAAUAUUAGUAAUAACAAUAAUAAUAAUAAUAACAAACAAAACUUAUAUAGAAUGAUAAAGCAAAGAUUUGUAAAAAAAAAAAAAGAAAAAAUCCAUUUUCCUGAACCCAUAUGUAAUUAAGAACAACUCGUGCUCGUUGGAUUUAUGUUAUGAACGAUAUAUUACGUUUUUUAUCUUAUUUUUCACAUUACACAUAGUAAAUCAUUGUCAACGUUUGUAAUUAAAGUCAUUCAUAAUAAUCGAAGUAAAUUUAAAAAAGAAAAGAAGAAAAAAAAGCAGGAAAAAAUAUAUAUAUAUAUACUUAAAAUAAAAUAUAAAAUAAAAAAUAAAAAUACAUUCAGAUAAUAUACACAGCUUGAAAUGAGAAAUUAAAAGAAUCCAAAUCUUUCACAAUAUGAUUAACGAUCAUUCUACGUUAUUAUUCGUGUUAAAGUAUAUAGAUCUUACAAAGAUGAGAAAACGUUCGAGAUUUGCAUAAUAUAAAUGCUAACAAGCGUAUGUAACGAAUUCUGUUAUAAAUGAAAUAUUUAAAUAAAGAGCAAUAGCAGGGAAAAAUUAUUCGUAUGCCUUAUAUACUGCCGAUAAUUCAUCGUGAAACGGACGAGAAACAGACUAACGCGUUGCAAAAAGAAGAAAAAUGAAUAAAUACAUUCAUAUAUAUAAAUCUUUAAAGAGUCUUGUUUAACUUAGAAAACGUGCAUUCUCGAUCCAUAAGUUAAAAAUUGAAAUGAAAAUGAAAAAUGAAAAUACGUUGUCGAGAGAGAUGAAAAUGAGAAAAGAAAAAAAAAGAAAAAAACCAUUUUAACGAAAGUAAUAAACUUGAUGAGCUUUGGAAAAAAGAUAAUGUUUAAAAAAUGUUCAAUGUCAUAUAUUUUUGCUUCAAAUUCUUAUUCCACGAUGUCUCAGAUGCUUCGAUCAAGUUCAACCUAUUUGUCAAAAUCACUAAUAUUCAUUUAACGGAACACUAAUUAUUGUGUACAUACAUACAGACAUACAUACAUAUACACAUAUUGCACAAUUAUGUGUAAUAGAAACAUAAUAAUAUAAAUAAAACAUAACAUUUAUAAAUUGAGAUGUAAAUGGAUUAUACAGGAAAUAAUACUUAAUUGAUAGAAGGAAUAUUCAAUAUAUCAUAAUCAUGAUUUUUUUAUUUUUUAUUUUUUUUUGUAAUUGUAACAAAUACAACAAAACAUUCAGUUUAUCUCAUUUGAAAAGUGAAUAUUUUAAAUUUCCUUUGUAUUUAUUCUUUAUAAUAAAUGUAGAAAUGUAUUAUUGAUAUUUUGAAUGAUUCAUUCUAUCAACAACAUUAUUCAAUAGAUAAUUAAUAGAAUGAAAAUACAGUUAAAAAAUAAUGUUGUAUUCGUUCGAUGAAACUAAAGUCUUACAGUUUGUAAACGCCAUAAUUCAUAAAAAAAGAUGAUUAGAAGUAUCCAUAAGUAAUGAUUAAUCAUUCAAAAGCUUAUGGAUCAUCAAUGACUCUAGUCCCUUAUGGCAAAAUUCAUCAUAUGCUGUUAAGUAGUAACUAUGGCUAAAUAAUCUAAAAAAAAAAAAAAAAUGGAUUUGUUAAACUUUGACGAUUUAAAUAGUAAAUACAAUCUCGUUAAUUAAUAAUCGAUUAUAACAAUUUUGUCAUUAUAAUGGGAUCGCGUCAAUUUGUUUAUAUACUUUAUUAAAUUGCUUUGAUCUAUUUCCCAAAAUGUGAAUCACUACAAAAUUCUGUGAUAAUCUUAUACGAGUGAAGAAGACUGAUUAGGAAAGUCAACUGUAAAUCUCUACAAAUACAAAAGUUUAUCGAAAGAUAAAAAGGAAGAAGAUGAUGACGAUGAUAAUGAUGAAGAUGAAAAAAAAAAUAUUAAAUGACGAGCUUUGUUCCAAAAAUAUUGAUACGUUUGUUUCUCUAAAAAAGAGUUGAUCAUGUCAUUCAUAUAGAAAAUAUAAUAUUACUAUAUAAAGAGCUAAUUGGCUUUAACUAAACAACCAAAUUGAAAUGAAAUUCAAAACGAGAUAUUAUGUAUAAUAUAUAUAUGUAUGUGAAAAAUUUAUUAUUGCAUUGACAAAAUUAGUUGCGAGUGCAUAUCUUUGAUUAAAAAAUCGGCGAGGUAAACGAUCUAAUAUAAUACAGCAAUAUAUAAAUUUGCCUAAGAUAUCAAAUUCGUGAAAUGAGAAAAGAAAAGAAAGAAAAAAGAAAUUAUAAUACCAACAAUUUGACGCGAUCCUUUGUAGCGUAUUAACGUGUAAUUAAUAUUAUCUAAGAAAAUGAAUUAAUUGUUCGACGAUUUGAUAAGAAACGUUGCGUACAAGUAUAUAAAAAUUCUCUCUUUUUUUUUUUUGUUUGUUUUUUUUAUAACGAGUAUCACAAAAGACCCUAAUGGAUAAUCGUAAAUAUAGUGCGAAUGAAUGAAAUGAUUUAUCUAUAUUAUUCAUCACUUACAAAAUAUUCUCCACGUGUGUAUUAUGAUCUAUCAUUAUUAAUAAUCUCCAUCAUUGCUAACAGAAAAUUCAAUAGAUUCGUCAAAGAAAUAAUGACUAAACCAUAUUUACAUUAUAAAUUAAUACAAAUUAUAAGUAGAAUUAUUAUUUAUUGAUAGCAAUAAAAUUAAAAUUGAAGGACUGAUACCCCUUUCAAAAUGUAAAACUUUCAUAACAAUUUUGAAAACUAGAGAUAUAUCGAUGCUCGAUAUUUACAUAGGUGAUUCUUAGAGAUAUAAAAACUGUUUACUCAUUGCCUCUGUCAGCUCGAGCACUGUUAACACCAACAUUAUUCCCAAACUACAGAUGUUACUUUAAAUAUAAUAAAGAUAGUUUCCCAAAUACAUCAUCAUAUGAGAUGAUUUCUUAUAAAAACAAAUAACAUACUUGUCGUAUAUACGAGAGAAAAAAUGUUUGAAAGAAGAAAAAAAAAUACAAAGUAGAAGAAUUUCCUUUACAAGAAAUUAAAAAUAUCAGAGAUAAAUCUAUAAAUAUAGUAAAUACAAUGGAAAAAACUCAUUGAAAUUAAUUUUCUAAAUUUCUUAAGAUUUUAUUCUACAAUUAUAUAAUUUGAAUUUAUAUCUCAUUGUCUGUAUGAAAAAAAAAAUCAUAGUCCUAGAUUUAAAAGUACGUUUGCUCCUGAUUAACAAAGACUGACAGAUACAAAGAAUUUGUAUUAAUAUUUAAGGGAUUUCACUGUGACUAAUUGGAAAGUGCAUAAUCGAUAGAAGAUAAAUAUUCUUCCUAGUAAUAUUACCUUGUCUAUUACUGUCACAUGUAAUAUAAUUAAUUUAAUUUUAUUUCUUGCAGAAUGAACAUCAUUUCGUAUUACUAAAUAUAUAACACAUUAAUAUUUUUUUUUUUCAAACAAGUACCUAUUAUUAAAAAUAUAUUAUUUAACAAUUACAUUUUAUAUUAUAUAUUAAUUGUAGAAUAGAAGCAUAAUAUAUCAUAAAAAAUGAAAAAGGAAAGAGAGGAAGAGAGUGAGAAAAAGAAAGCAAUUAUGAACUAAAAUAACAUGUGCGAAGCCAAAAAUAACUGACAAUACAGAUUACAUCUGAGUAAGAGUAAACAAUCUCAUUUGCGUGUGAGAAAAAAGGAGAUAUUUGUAAAAUAUUAAUUCCAAUAUAUUAAUCUGUAAAUAAACAAUUGUUGUGAGCGUGA